AUGGCUAUCCACACGGAAGGCGUGAUUCCGCGGUCAAUCCUUACGUCAGAGAAGCCCACUGUCGAGAUCGUGGAGACUGUCAAGCCUAUUGAGCUCAAGACCGUCACCGACUUGCUUCUGAAGCGCGUGGACGAGGCACCAGAUGUCGAUGUCUUGGCCUACCCCGCUACGGCGCGCGGCAGAGACGACUAUGUCAACUACACGGCCAAGGACCUCGAUCGCUUCGCCGACGAGGCUGCGCGCAAGUAUGCCCAGGCCGGUCUUCUUCCAGAGAACCCUUCAUCAAACCAAGCAGAGGUUGUUGCCCUCCUAGCAAACUCGGACAUCAACUAUGUCGUCUCCAUGUUCGCCCUCUCGAGAAUGGGCUUCGCCGUGCUCUACCUCUCAACACGUCUCUCCCCAGAGGCCUACGCCAACCUCCUCAAGAAGACAAGCUGCAGUAGAAUCGUCAUCUCAGAGCGGUACAGCGACAUGGCGGCCCAGAUCAACGCUGAGUCACCCAUCACCACGUUCAGCAUCCUCGACAAGGCCGACUACGACCUCCCGAGCCCCUCAGGCGACCGCUUCCCCGUCUUUACGCAUCCCGACGCAGGCAAGCGCAUCUCCUUCAUCGUGCACUCGUCUGGGUCGACCGGUCUGCCCAAGCCCAUCUUCCAGACGCACGCGGCGUGUAUCUCCAACUACUCCAGCGGCAUUCCCUACCGCGCGUUCUUGACGCUGCCACUUUUCCACAACCACGGAAUCUCGACCCUGUUCCGUGCCAUUGUUGCUGGUCACAGAAUCGCCAUCUAUAACGCCAACUUGCCCCUUUCGGGAACCACGCUGGUUAAGGCCAUGAACGCCACGGAGCCUGGCAGUUUGCACUGCGUGCCCUAUGCUCUUAAGCUUCUUGCGGAGACAGAGGGAGGUAUCGAGGCGCUACAGAGACUCAAGCUUGUGCUGUACGGUGGCAGUAGUUGCCCCGAUGACUUGGGUGAUCGACUCGUUGAGGCGGGCGUGUACCUCGUCGGGCACUAUGGAGCUACCGAGAUGGGCCAGCUCAUGACCUCGUUCCGUGAGCCUGGGGACAAGUACUGGAACUACAUGCGGCCCUUGGCAUCAGCCAAGCCGUGGCUGCGCAUGAUUCCCAUCGCAGGCGACGUCCAUGAGUGCGUCGUUCUCGACGGUCUUCCCUCAAAAGUCAUGUCCAACUCGGACGACCCGGCUCCCAACUCCUACCGCACCCGCGAUACCUUUGUUCCCCAUCCCACGAUCCCAGACGCCUGGAGGUACCUCGGCCGUCUUGACGACCGUGUAACCUUGGUGAAUGGCGAGAAAGUCCUGCCCAUCCCCUACGAGAACCACAUUCGUGAGCAUGAACUGGUCCAAGAAGUCGUCGUCUUCGGCGUCGACAAAUCCAUCCCCGGUCUCGUUAUCAUCCCCAGCGAGAACGCAAAGGAUCUCUCAAAGGCCGACAUUCUUAAGACCCUAAGCCCUGUCAUCGAAGAAGCCAACGCCCGUGCCGAGGCCUUUGGCCGCGUCUCGCCAGAGAUGAUUGAAGUGGUAGACAUUGGCACAGAGUACCCCCGCACCGACAAGGGCACCGUCAUCCGCGCCGCCUUCUACAAGCAGUUCGCAGACCUCAUCGAAGACGUCUACAGGCGCUUCGAGGCGCCCAAAGACGACGUCGCCGGUGGCGAGCUCCUGACUCUCGACCUGCCCCAACUCCAAGACUACCUCCUCAACCUCUUCCGCUCGACGCUGGGCUUCUCCAAGGUCGAAAAGGAUACCGACUUCUUCGAGGCCGGCGUUGACAGUCUCCAGGCCAGCACCGCGCGCGGCCACAUCCAGCGCGGCGUCGACCUCGGCGGCAAGACUCUAGGCCAGAACGUCGUCUUUGAGUACCCCAACGUCCUCUCCUUGUCCAAGCACGUCUACGCCCUCCGCACGGGCGAAUCUGUCGACGCCGAGGACGAGAUCGAAGUGAUGAAGAAGCUCAUCGCAAAGUACUCUGACUUCUCCGAGCGCACGCCGGGCAACAUCACCCCGGAAGGCGAAACCGUCGUCCUCACAGGCGCAACGGGCUCCCUCGGCGCACAUCUUCUCGCCCAAGUCGUCCGCCAACCCUACGUGAAAGCAGUCUACUGCCUCGCGCGCGCCGACUCGCCAGAGGAAGCCGAGUCCCGCGUCCUCGCCUCCCUGACACCCAAGGGCCUCAGCCUCUCUGAAGUAGACAAGGCGAAAGUGCGCUACCUGCCGACGAAUCUCGGCCUCCCGGACCUAGGCCUCCCCGCGGAUGCCGCCGCCGAGCUCCGCAGGUCCCUGACGACGGUGAUCCACUCGGCCUGGGCCGUCAACUUCAACCUCGGCGUCGCGAGUUUCGAGGCGCAGCACAUUCGCGGCGUGCACAACCUGCUCAACUUCUGCCUCAGCACUGAAACGGUCGCGCCCGCAAGGUUGUUCUUCUGCUCGUCCAUCUCGGCGGCGGCCGGCACGCCUAUCCCCGCGAGAGUGAAGGAGACGUACGUUGAGAACCUGGAACACGCGCAGAACAUGGGUUAUGCCCGGUCCAAGGUCGUCACAGAGCACAUUGUCAAGGCUGCGGCGACCAAGACGGGUAUGACGGCGAGGGUUCUGAGAUUGGGUCAGAUUGUGGGCGACUCCGAGGGCGGCGUGUGGAAUCAGACGGAGGCUAUUCCGUUGAUGAUUCGCAGUGCAAAGGUUAUCAAGGCGUUGCCUGCCCUGGAAGAGACCCCCUCAUGGAUGCCAGCAGAUAAGAUGGCCCUCGCCGUCCAGAACCCGCACCUGUUCCACUGGACCUUCGACUUCCUGCGCGCCCUCCGCGACGCGGGGCUGGAGUUCCAGAUCGUCUCGCAGCGCGAGUGGGUGCGCCGUCUGCGCGAGUCCGACCCGGACCCGGAGCGGAACCCGACGUACAAGUUGCUGGGAUUUUUUGAGGACAAGUACGACAAUGACAGACCCGGUCGUCAGGGACUCGUGUUUGAGACGGAGCGGACGGGCCAGAGGAGCGCUGCUGUCGGGGACGGGUGGGAUGUUGUUGGGAGCGGGCUUGUUGAGAGGAUGGUUAGGUGGAUGGAGACGCAGUGGUGA